GCUGUUUAAUUUACUUCCUGGGGAUUAUUAACUUCCUGGGGACUAUGUACAGUGUAUAAGCGCUUAGAAAAUGGCGAGCGGCAUUUUAGUUGGCGCAAUAGACUUUGGGACGACAUAUUCUGGCUGGGCAAUAUUAUUUUCACACGAAUUCGAAUCUGAACCAACAAAAGGAUUUGUGAAACAUUGGUAUUCGGGCGGCGCACUCACUACAGAGAAGACACCGACUGUAGUACUAAUAAAACCUGAUGGCAAGACACUGGAAGCUUUCGGUUUUGAUGCUGAGAACAGAUACAAGGAACUAAUAGAGUUAGAAGAACAUGAAAAUUACUACUACUUUAAGAAAUUUAAAAUGAAGCUACAUAAACAACUAGGAGAGAAAAUUGACUCUGGCAUGAUAUUGGAAGAUGAAAUGGGGCGUACGUUACCAGCAAUUGAUGUUUUUGCAAUGUCAAUAAAGUUCCUGGUAGACGAUAUGCACAAAGUGAUAAAACAUAGGAUUUCAGGAGUGAUAAAGAAGGAUGAAGUGCACUGGGUCAUUACUGUUCCUGCAAUUUGGACAGACUCUGCGAAGCAAUUUAUGAGAAAGGCUGGAGAACAGGCAGGAAUUGCUGCCAACAAAUUGAGUAUUGCCCUUGAACCUGAAGCGGCUUCUAUUUUCUGUCGUCAUCUAUCAGUUGAUAAAAGACUUGACACCACAGGGGUAUCCAUUGCCUCUUUUCCAGCUGGAACUAAAUACAUGAUUCUCGACGCUGGAGGUGGUACGAUUGAUAUCACAGUUCAUGAAGUUCAGCCUUCUGGUGCAGUGAAGGAAAUAAAAGCUGCAAGUGGAGGAGGCUGGGGUGGUACUCUUAUUGACGAAGCAUUCGAAAAACUACUCAUGGAUAUUGUUGGCAAGAAUGCUUACAAUACGUUUAAGCAGGAAAAGACUGAGGAUUGGCUAGACAUCUGGCGGGAUUUCGAGGUUAAAAAAAGAAAUGUAAGGCCUGAUAAAGACAAUAAUGUUGUAAUGAAAGUUCCCGUGACCCUUUGCCAGGUCUACGAAAAACAAUCCGGUCAAGGCUUAGGAAAAGCUAUUGAGUCGUCUACUUAUGGUAAAACUAUUCAAUUUGUUGACAACAAAAUGAAAUUCAAAGCAAAUGUCUUCAAGGAGCUUUUUGACACAUCCUUGUCAAAAACUAUUCAGCAUAUGGAAGAUAUUUUCCGUGACGUGAAGGUACGACAAGUUAAAGCAAUUUUGAUGGUAGGUGGGUUCUCGGACUUUCCGAUGUUACAACAAAAGGUAAUAUCCUCAUUUCCAAGUAUCGAUGUCAUAAUACCGGCAGAAGCUUCCUCUUCUAUAAUGAGGGGUGCGUUGAUCUUUGGACAUAGUCCAAAAUCUAUUUCGGAAAGGGUUUUGAAGUAUUCCUACGGUGUGGAAAUAUUACGUCCUUUCAUAGAAGGAGAGCAUCCCCAAACUAAACUAGUAAUGAAGGAUGUAGGGCCGCGAUGCAAGGAUGUCUUUGAUAAAUAUGUCGAGAGGAAUCAAAUCGUCAAAGUAGGAGAAGCCCAAGUCACUGAACCAUUUCCUAUGAAAAAAACAAAAGACAAAAAAGGUUUCCAUUUUUUGAUGGGAAAUUUAAAAAGAUCCAAAUUUAAAAGAUGUAGGUUGCAGUACGCCCCGGGGAAUUAA